AUGGCCGCGGUAGAACCAUUACCGGUAGCCCCCAGUCCAAUCGAAUCUCCCAUUGACGGAGACGGUCUCCUUUCUGCAAAUUCGAUCUGCCAAUGGUCCUUGGUGAAACCCCCCCCCAACUGCCGUGCUGGAGACUCAACCCUGCAUUCGUUAGACUGUUUUGCCAAAUCCCCCGAACCGCACAUCUUGCACGUUUACCCGGAUACUGGAGCUGCACAAGGCAAAGCUCGAGAGCUGAAGCUCCAGGACAGUGUCUCAGUUGCGUCCUUUCACCAGAAGGAUAUUAUCCAUUUCAACGAUGGAGUGGUGGUGAAUGCUAAAGGACGACUGUGGCUAGCGGAGAUUGACAAGAAGGCCAUGGCUUACGGGACAAAUAAGCUACCCUCUAGCUAUGGGGAGCCCAAGGGGCGGCUAUAG